ACAGAUCGACGUUCUAUUUCCAUGUUUCUUAAUAUUGCAUGACCAUUUAAAAAUAAAUAUAUUUAUAACAUGUAAUAAUAAUGUAUAAUAAGUCUUCUGCUUACAUCCUAGGCCAAAAAAACCAUUAUCAUUAAUGACAUCUGGCCAUCGACGAAGAUUGAUUCGAAAUCAAUUAAAUUACAAUAUCGCCCAGAUUGAAAAAAGUCCAAAUGAUACUUUUACUGAACAACACCAACUGUUUAUUGAAAAUGAUGUCAUUCAUGAAGAAGUUCCGUUUUCUUUAGAGAAAGAAAUAAAUCAAUCCAGGGAAAUUAAUUAUACACGUGAAUUAGAUCAGUUUUAUAAUGAUGCCGGAAUUGAAAUUGUACGACCAUCUUCAUCUCAACUUGCUAUAUUAUCACCAAAUGAAUCUUUAUGUUACACAUCAGAUAUUGAACCCCAAAACGUGUCAAAUAUUUUCAAAUUACAUCUAGCAUCCUGGGCUACCAAAGAAAAUAUUACUUUAAAAGCUAUGGAUGGUUUGCUGAAAAUACUCAAAAGACAUGGUGGUCAUGAUUAUCUUCCUUCAUCGUCGCGAACAUUGUUAAAAACUCCCAGAACUACUUACAUUAAAUCAGUUGGAGCACAAGGUAGUUAUUGGCACUAUGGACUGGAAUUAGGAUUAUUUACUUUUUUAGAGAAGUCUAAAAGUUAUCAUUUAGAAAAUGAAUCAAUCAACUUAAUGUUCAACAUCGAUGGCUUACCAUUAAGUCAUUCAUCAUACAAUGAAAUCUGGCCAAUUUUAGGUUCAAUUUUCAAAGUGAACUACGUAUUUGUCAUUGGCAUAUAUCAUAGUCAAGUCAAAAAGCCUACAGAUAUUUAUGCUUACUUAGAAGAUUUUAUUAAAGAAGUUAAUAACCUAAUUCUAAAUGGGUUUACAUGUGAGGAAAAGAAUUUGGCGGUCAGAGUACAUUGUUUUUGUGCUGAUGUUCCUGCUAAAGCAUCUAUGCUUUGUAUAAAAGGACAUAGUGGUUAUAACAGUUGUACUAAAUGCAAUGUUAGAGGUUAUCAUAAAGAGAGACGCACAUGCUUUCCAGUCAUCAUUGGUGAAAAACGCACAGACCAAAGUUUUAAAGAACAUAUUGAUUAUGAAUACCACUCAAAAGAUCAGAACGGAAUAUUAAUACAAAGUCCUUUGGAAAACAUAAUUGGUUUUGGAAUGGUUACAAAUGUUCCUUUGGACUACCAACAUCUUUUAUGCUUGGGCAUAGUUAAAAAAUUUAUAAGUAUAUGGUGGGCUGGGGACUUGCGCCAUCGUGUUCCAUUGAGGUUUAGAAAACUCGUAUCCUUCAAGUUGCUUGGAAUCAGAAACAAUACUCCUCAAGAGUUUCAAAGAAAACCUAGGUCUCUCAAAUAUUAUAUGCAGUUUAAAGCGACAGAGUUUAGGCAAAUUUUGUUAUACACAGGUGUCUUUGUUUUAAAACGUUGUCUUUCUAAUGAAAAGUACAAUAAUUUCUUAACAUUACAUGUUGCCAUUACCAUACUUUCUUCCCCAUUUUUGAUUACUUUUCAUCUGGAAUACGCUAGGAAACUAAUUCAUCACUUUCUGACUACAUUUAAAUUUAUAUAUGGGAGCCAUAUGAUAAGCCAUAAUUUUCAUAGCUUACUACAUUUAAGUGAUGAUGCAGAAAAAUUUGGAAUAUUGGACAAUUUCAGUUGCUUUAAAUUUGAAAAUUUUAUGAUGCAAACUAAAAAAUUAGUCCGGAAUUUUAAUCGGCCUCUACAGCAAAUUGCAAGAAGAAUAGAAGAAGUUACCAAAAAUGCAACACUUGACUUUGAAUAUAUUACAUCAUGUGACAAAAUAAUAUACAGUGGUGAUAAUAUAAAUGGACCUGUACUAUCCGGUUGUGAGCCACCAGCUUAUAAAAAAUUAAGAUUUCAUAAUUUUAUCAUUAUCGCAGGGGAUAUAAGAAACAAUUGCUGUAGUGUCAACGAAGGAAAGACUAUUGUUAGAGUAGAAAAUAUUUUGAUGUACAAUAAUUGUCAUGUGAUUAUAGGCUAUGAAUAUACAGCUCAACAAAACCUUUAUUCUAUCCCUGGUUUAGAAUCAUCAAUUCUUAAUAUUUAUGAAGUAGGAUCACUUAGUGUGAUUCUGAAAAUGUGGCCCGUUGAAGAUAUUAAAUGCAAAUUUUAUGCAUAUGAAACGAUGAGUUCAGAUGGUUCUUGGGCAGUAUUUCCUAUUUUACAUACAUGGGAAAAUGAAAAACCUCUUAUGUAAUUUAAAUUUAUAAGAACUAUUGAUAUUUACUAUUUUAAAUUUUGUAAACAGCAUUU